GAGGAGAGGUCAGAGUGUAAAGGGCAUUCACCCAUCAUCCUUAGUUGAGGAAUACACACAGCCAUCUUGGAUCUACGAGAAGAAGAGAAAUUAAUGCGGUGACAAACAGCAUGUUUAGUGCAAGAAAGAAGUUUGUAGAGGGGGUCGAAAGUGACUACCCCGAUGAAAGCAUGUACUACGGCCAGCCAUCGAUGUUCCCACAUCGAUCAGAAAAAGACAUGCUGGCAUCUCCAUCACCGUCGUCGACAGGUCAAUUGUCGCAGCUUGGCGCCAGUUUAUACGGGCAAAGUGCACUAGGGUUCCCGAUGAGGGGCAUGAGCAACAACAACCCUCAGCUGAGUCGGAGUUUAACGCAGGGCAGCCAACUCCCCAGCCACGUCACGCCCACCACGGGGGUCCCCACGCUCUCACUGCACACCCCACCCUCGCCAAGCAGGGGGAUCCUGCCGAUGAACAGUCGGAACAUGAUGAACCAUGCGCAGGUGGGCCAGGGCAUGGGGGGCAUGAGCGGCCGCAGCAACAGCAUGGGCAGCUCGGGGCUGGGCAGCCCCAACCGCAGCUCGCCCAUCUGCAUGCCCAAGCAGCAGCAGGCGCGCCAGCCACUCACCAUCAACAGUAUGUCAGGUUUUGGGAUGAACAGGAAUCCAGCAUUUGGAAUGAACAACUCGUUAUCGAGCAACAUCUUCAACGGCACAGACGGGAGUGAGAAUGUAACGGGGCUGGAUCUGUCGGACUUCCCUGCGCUAGCGGACCGGAGUCGGAGGGAAGGAAACGCCAACCCAACCCCCCUGCUGAACCCACUGGCUGGGAGAGCUCCCUACGUUGGAAUGGUGACGAAGCCAUCGAAUGAACAGUCCCAGGACUUCUCCAUCCACAAUGAGGAUUUCCCUGCACUGCCCGGGCCCAACUACAAGGACCCAACGUCGAAUAACGACGACAGCAAAUCGAACCUGAACUCAUCGGGCAAGAGCAUAUCCAGCACAGACGGUCCCAAGUUCCCCGGAGACAAGAGCUCCACGGCACAGAACAACAACAACCAGCAGAAGAAAGGGAUCCAGGUCUUACCUGAUGGUCGGGUGACGAACAUUCCCCCGGGCAUGGUGACAGACCAGUUUGGCAUGAUCGGGCUGCUGACGUUCAUCCGGGCAGCGGAGACGGACCCCGGCAUGGUGCACUUGGCUCUGGGCAGCGACCUCACCACGCUAGGCCUCAACCUCAACUCGCCCGAAAAUCUCUACCCCAAAUUUGCCUCUCCGUGGGCAUCAGCACCGUGUCGGCCUCAGGACAUCGACUUCCAUGUUCCAUCUGAAUACUUAACCAAUAUUCACAUAAGGGACAAGCUGGCUGCUAUAAAGCUGUCUCGGUACGGGGAGGAUCUCCUCUUCUACCUGUACUACAUGAACGGAGGAGACCUACUGCAGCUACUCGCGGCGGUCGAGCUCUUUAACCGGGACUGGCGGUACCACAAAGAGGAGCGGGUUUGGAUCACGCGAGCGCCAGGCAUGGAGCCCACACUGAAGACCAACACCUACGAGCGGGGGACGUACUACUUCUUUGACUGUCUUAACUGGAGGAAGGUUGCUAAGGUAAAGGAGUUUCAUCUGGAAUAUGACAAGCUAGAAGAGCGGCCUCACGUCCCCUCGACGUUCAACUACAACCCCGCUCAGCAGGCGUUCUGAGCUCCACAAGACCCACCGACACCACCCACCCACCCACCGACCGACCGACUCAACCAUCCAUCCAUCCAUCCACCUCCGGCGGGGCAGGACCCAGUCCUGACUGCACCCUACCCGGGGCGUGGGUAUGGCUGUCCUGGCUUUUUGUCUCUCACCGAACUGGCAGAAAGAUGGCGCUGUGGCUCAGGCAUCCUCUUUUUUAAUUUUCUUUUUUUCUCAAAGAAAAACAAACAAACAGACAACCAGACAGACAGACAGACAGAAAUAUUCCUUGACAAAGAAAAAUAUUUCUCAACCCAGAUUCCGGAUGUCCUUGGCCUUUUUGUGGCUGUAGGGCGAUCCUGCCUUCCAGAAUUAUGUGCUGCCCAAAAAAAAUGAGAGAGAAAAAAAAAUCACAUUCUCCUACACAUACAGGUGUUUUUCAUUUCAUUUACUUUUUUUUUAAAAAGACAACACACAAGCUCUUUUUAAACUCUUUUCUGUUAUUUCUUUUCCUGUUCUGACCCAUCUUCAGUUUCAUUUUACAUUUCCCCUUCCCAUUUGUUUUGUUCCGUUUUGGGUUUACACCGAAUGCCUGUAAGGCAGGCAGGAUAAACAAGACAGACUGAGACACUCUACUCUGACCAUAGCAGAACAGAACAGGGUUUUUAUACUUCAUUCUUUGAAGUGUUCAAGCGUUCAGCAUGAGAGAGCGAGUGAUGGAGGUGGUGCACCUCCGUUACCGUACACUAUGUGGCCCUCUCCCCACCCUCUUCUUGGACAACUUUAUUGGAGGCCUGGAAAGAAUGCAAUGUUCAUUGUAGUACUGUUUGGUAAUAAAAGAACAGAAAAAUUA